UUAAAAACUACAUCCCCCACAAUGCAACAGGAUGGUCUGAUCUAAAUUGGGGGAAUUACGGAACCGUCUCUAAAAGCGCUUUACUUUCGUUUUCGCUCUUUCUGCUGAGUAACUUCCUGCAGAGUCGACAUGGCUGCUGUUGAUAUCCAACUGGAGUCCAAGAAACAGGUGGAUGACUUCUGCCUCAGACUCACCAAGGAGGCUGAAGGGCUGGUGUCCAAGUUCUUCCCUCAGAAGAUCGAGGAGCUGCAGAUGCUGCUGAAAACUUCUUUCAGCUGCGAUGACCUGGCCUCUCUGAAGGCUCCACUUGACAUCCCCAUCCCAGACCCGGCCAAAGAGGAGGCCAAACGCAAGAAGAAAGAGGAGAAGGAGGCGAAGGAGGGGAAGAAAGACAAAGACGGGGACAAAGAUAAAGAGGAAGAAGACUCAGGACCUCCCUGUGGUCCCAUCUGCAGCAACGAGCGAGUGGAGAGUCUGCUGCAUGAGGUCAAGCCCCAGAUCCAGACCCUGAAAGAGAAGCUCAACACGGUGUCCAUGUGGGUCCAGCUCCAGAUCCCUAAAAUUGAAGAUGGUAAUAACUUUGGAGUGGCUGUGCAGGAGAAAGUGUUCGAGCUGCUGACCAACACACGCACUAAGAUCGAGGCGUUCCAGACUCAGAUUUCAAAGUACUACAGUGAGAGAGGUGAUGCUGUGGCCAAAGCUGCCAAGCAGUCCCACGUGGGAGACUACAGACAGCUGGUUCACGAGCUGGACCAGUAUCAGUACUGGGAGCUUCGCCUUGUGGUGCUGGACAUCCGUAACACAUACGCGGUGCUGUUUGACAUCAUCACCAAGAACUACGACAAGAUUAAGAAGCCCAGAGGAGACGGCAAGGCUCUGAUCUACUGAGACUCAGUCCAGCAGGCUCACAGACACAACCAGUGUCGAGUAGCUCUCUGAUGUAACAAUACACCAAUUUAACAAAAUGCCUUCUCUUUCAUACCGUGCAUUCAGUUUGGUUCAAAUUACAAAAUAAAACAUGAUUCCAUCUUUGA